AUGCAAGAAUGCGCUAACACUACAGUCGGAAACCAGUCGACUGUUUUAUUAUCUCUUUGUAUAUCAGCAGACCAUCAUCAUACAUCUGGAAUACCAGUUCUGUCAACAUUUAGCAAAAUAUCGAUUGGGACAAUUGCUUCCUUAUUGGUAUUGAUUGGAUUUUUUGGGAAUGCUGUUGUGUGCUUCAUUGUUUACAGAAAACCUCAGAUGCGUUCUGCUAUUAAUCUGUUGCUUGCGAACAUGGCUCUAAGUGACAUUAUUAUGUCAGUAGUGUGCGUUCCAUGGCCUCUGGUCACAAUAAUCCAUGGAAGGUGGGUUUUUGGCGAUGUAGUUUGUAAAAUACAAGCUUUCCUAGUGGAGUAUUUGACUUCAGUUGCCAUCUUAAUUAUAUUUAUUAUGAGCGGAGAUAGAUAUAUGAUAAUUGUCAAACGACGAGACAAGCUAACAGCAAAAUUUGCCAAAAUAUUAAUAGUAUUGGUUUGGACGAUUCCGUUGGUGACGUCACUACCACCUGCUAUUGGUUUAAGUGACUAUAAGCUAUUCAGUGAUCACACACAAUGUUCACUUGCAAUAACGAACAAGACAUAUGAUAUCAGCUUUCUAGCUAUUAAAUUUACACUAAUCUUUGUUCUUCCCAUCUUGCUAACCGGAUAUGCUUUUAGUGCUAUAGCAAAUACCGUUAGAACAAAUUCAUUUCGUAUUCACAAUCAUGCCGAUACGGAAGUGUCACUAAACAUAGCUCAAAUGAGUGCUACUCUGGGAUUUAUACUUAUUCCGAUGAAAACAAAACUUGACGUUGACGUAAAAUUCAAAACUCGGACUUUUAAAACAAUCAUGUUGUUAUAUGUUUUAGUGAUUCUAUGUAUUUCGCCCUAUUCAAUCAAUCAAAUUGUGUCCAACACUACCGGUCUGUUUCAGAUGAAUAGAGACACAAUUUUUCUUUGGAUAGCUUUCAGUAAAAGUUCUAUAAACCCCGUGAUAUACUUCUUCCGGGUUAAGAAGUUUAAAGAAACAUGUGGAGAAUUCGUGCCAAUAUGUUGUCGGAGUGUCAACAUCAAUGUGUUAUCAAGAAGACGUGUCAAUCCAAGCUCUCUUUACCAGUAUAACGGGGAUCAAUCCGUUGCAUCUAUCAGUUCUACGAUAUAGUUUAUCAAGCAUAGAUGUUGAGAGAUAUGCGGAAAACCAAUGUCUGCUUUACGCAAUACAAGAAAAUUGUGGUAUUAAUUUUGUGCCUUCGGUAAAUCGUUUAAUUAUAAAAAGAAGCAAAUGACCACUAAUGACCAUUUAUGACAAAUUAAUUCUUAUAGUAUCAAAAUAAAUCAGGGUAAAAAGUUUGAAUGACAAUCAUAAUCAUUUCAACAUAACUCGUCACCAAUGUCACUUUGCGAAAACAAAGUCAAAUAGUGCAACUAGAAAGUGCAGAACAGAUUUUUUUUAGGUAAAAGUGCGUAAUUGAUAGCUAAAACUUGACUUUCUAUAAGUGCAAAAUUUAGGAUUCUUCAAGAGUUAACGAAAUAAGUGGACUUUUCUAACCUUGUCUAACGUCUGUGACUAUCUAGGAAUAA